GAUGCGGCAAGUAAGUAGUAUCAUUGUAGAGGCUUUUCUACAUCUAAUAGCGACCCUUUACGGAUGCUGUAGUUCAUCCUUAAGGAGCGAGGAUGGAUCUCAUUCUGUAGAUGUACUUUCACCCCUUUUCUCCGGGGUUUGUUGUGAACGAAUGAAUUCCGUGCUGUUUGCUGGGCUCUUUGUAUUAAGCAGUGCUGUAUCGGGCGACAACAAAGGAAGAAUAGCUUGUGUAAAUGAAGUUGUUUUGGACAUUAGAGGAGUUAUAUUUGACUCAGCUGGUUUUCCUAAGUUGCUUUAUGUGUAUCCUCACCGCUUCCCGGUUGAAUAGAGCCAGUGUUUGUUGAAUUCAGAGGCUUUUCGAUGGUAAUCUGCCCGCUGUGAUCUUUAUAUUCAACAGAACUGAGGAUUUUCUCCGCGUUUUAGCGCAAACUCGGCUCCAACGUGAGGGCAAUGUAAAUAGGUCAAUUUUCUGCUCACAUACGGACUGUUACAGAGAAAGAAAAUUGUGACGCAGUUGAGUAAAACAUGUUUCAUUGCCUGCUGCAGCAGCGCUGUCCGGCUUUGCGGCAGCUACACCAGCUGUUGCAAAUCCUCUGCGCUAUGCUAAUGUGCCUGUUAGCAUAGGAAGUUAGAUUUAUAUGAAACGAUGUAAAAUGCAUUCAGUCAGUUGGGGUAAAUGUUGGGGGGUAGAAGGGUCUGAAAGAAAGAGUUGGUUCCUUCAAGCUUGGGAAUUGUAGUUGUUAACCCCAGCUGGGGCUGCAGUUUGAACGGCUUCUUUAGAGGAAAUGGACUACAACUCCCAUACGGCGAACUCUCUAGAUACUUUGUAAACUCUGUGCAAGUUGCGCGUCUGCACUGCUAUUUUAGGUAUGCAGCUAGUGCUAUCUGCUCGGCUGUUUUCCGUCUGCUUUUGGCCUCUUGAAAUCUUUAAAAGCGUCUGUUUUUGGUGACAGCUGCUGAGCAACAAUGCACAGAUGACGUCUGUCGACGAGGUAGCAUGCACGCUGCUAUAUUUUAGAGUUGGUGUGUGUUUGGAAGAACGCAGAGAGUCACUCCCCGAGUCGUGUCAGAUAUUUGCUGUCGUUCUCUGAAACCUGAAAGUAGAAAUCAGAGGAGAGAGUUUAAAGCUGUGUAGAGAUGCAGAGAUCACUUACAAACAUUGAGAUCCUGUGUUCUUCUUUGUGCUAAGAUGAUGUCACCUUCUCGUACCCUUGCUCUCCUUGCAAGCUUACAAAUUUUCAGCUGAAUUCCCACUUGACUACCCUGGCCAGCAUCCAUAAGAUCCACCACACCUUGCACAGGCUGAACCUGACAGAGGACGUUGGGCAGGAAAGCCACCCUACAGCUUGUUGCUCCAGAGCCAUGCCUCCUAGGAAAAAGAGGAGACCUUCUGCUGGAGAUGACAUGUCAGCUAAGAAAAGUCGCCAAGACAGUGUUUUCAGGAAACACGAAACACCACAGAUCCGCGAGGAGGACACGUUUUCCAGUAAAAGAUGCUUGGAGUGGUUCUAUGAAUAUGCAGGUUGUGAUGAAGUGGUGGGUCCAGAGGGCAUGGAGAAGUUCUGUGAGGACAUCGGAGUGGAGCCGGAGAAUGUGGUGAUGCUAGUUCUUGCCUGGAAGCUGGAUGCUCAGAGUAUGGGCUACUUCACCCUCCAGGAGUGGCUGAGAGGCAUGGGCUCACUGCAGUGCGACUCCACGGAGAGGCUGAGGAACUCUCUGGACUACCUGAGAUCUGUCCUCAACGACAGCACCAGUUUUAAGCUCAUUUAUAGAUACGCCUUUGAUUUUGCUCGGGAAAAGGAUCAGAGGAGUCUGGACUUGAACACAGCGAAGUGCAUGCUGGGGCUUCUCCUGGGGAAGACGUGGCCUCUGUUUCCUGUGUUUAAUCAAUUUCUAGAGCAAUCCAAGUACAAAGUCAUCAACAAAGACCAGUGGUGCAAUGUUUUAGAGUUCAGCAGGACAAUCAACCUGGACCUCAGUAACUAUGACGAGGACGGUGCCUGGCCGGUUUUGUUGGACGAGUUUGUGGAAUGGUACAAAGAACGACAGAUGUCAUAGGCGCAGAGCAAAAAUAUGGAAAAAUACAACUGUGACAACAACGACUAUGAGAAACAACAACCAAUAAGUAAACAUUACAAAAACGGUAAAGCAGUGACUGUGGGUGCUUCCUGGUGGAGGAGAGGGUUCAGGCUGUGGGUGGGUCAGGGUGGGGUGCUCUGGGUUAGCAGCCUGAGAGCUUGCUGCCCAGCGCACGGAGGCGGAGAGCUGCCAUCGUGGAGAUAUGUCCCCUACUGAAGUUGCAUAGUGGGCAAGCUUGCGGCAAUCCCCGGCGGCAUCGCUCUCUCUCACUGUGACAUGUCAUAUUGCUGUCUGUGUUAAGAUAACGUGGUGUCAUACAUGGAUGAAAGGAGCAGAAUGGUGUUGUGUGGGAGAGCCACUCCUCAGUCCUUAUCUUCAGCACAGAGAAAACCGACAGACGUGACCAUUCAUGCUUUGUGUCUGAGUCUUAAACGGGGUCGUUUUGACCCGGGCACACUGAAACAUGGUAAAUCUGUGCAAUGAACUUGAACUUGAGCUUUUCUGGACGGAUGGCACUAACUUUUGUUUGUCAUGUUUUGAGUUAGGAGUUCUCCGAGAAGCACACUGUGUCAAACGGUUGAUCGCAGGUUUCUGAAGCCUGUGCUGUUUACUCUUGAUUUGUGCCAGUGAUUUCUUUCCCUCCAAUUUUGUUCCCUCCUGCUGUUUUGUUCCUGCUAAUGCUAACAGUUUGCUAGCCCCCCCCCCCCCCCCCCCUACAAAGGCCUCAGACCUCAUAACACCAAACAAUUCUGCAUUGCUGCUUACUAACUCUUAUUACAGUACAGCGGUGAGCCACUAGUGCUCAUUACAGCAUUUAUUGGUCUGACGAUCAGUGAAUGUUUCUGCGUUGUGUAGGUAAGAGUAUUACUGUGCCUCAAACAAUGGAAGUCACUUUGUGUGUCACACACACACUCACACAAAUGCACACACACAUGCACACCAACAAACCCAAAUGUAUAUACACAUGUACAAACACACACACACACAGACACAGACACACUGAGUGGUCAGGGAAUAUUUCAGGAUGAAUUCAGACUGUUGGGCUGUGUUAUAAGUUGACAUAGAACUAGCUGGUGUCCAUUUUGUCUCGAUAUGUGGCAUCUGUUGUCCUUAGUCCACUGUUAGUUUCAGGUCUCCUCUUAUUGUAGCAUCUCUCCCAACACUAACAGUGUUAAUGACUACAUUUGAAGACCAGUGACCCUCUCAGGACGAGGUCAUAAAGGCUUGAGUAGAAAGGUAGGUUUGCUGAGAGCAUUGCGUUUGUACCACCCAUAGGAUCUGAACAAAUCAACGGACACUGACAGUCUGGAGCUGUUUGAUGAUGCUAUGCUGUUCUUUUCGCCUAGUAUAAUGUUCUUGUAACACAUGUAUAAAUUUUUGUCUUUGGCUGUGGUGUGAUGCUGAUUUGUCAGAUUUAAUAUUUGCAUGCACGCUCCAACAGAGCCUUUUGUGAAUGGAUGAGAUUUUUUGAAAACAUUUUCCAAACACGUUUUCGUUUUGUACAGAAAUUUGUGCAACUGUUUUGUGCUCAAUUUGAUAUUCACAAUCAUGUCAUCUCAAGCCUGAGGAGAGUCAUGAUUGUGUCUAUUAAGACCUGGAACACACACCUGUAACCUCACGGUGGAACAGGAGUUCCCUCCUGCAUUUACCCCAUGUCCACAUUCUCACACAUUCUCACACAUCCCGUGACGCUCAAGCAAGAAAACAGAUUUUAUUUUAUUUAUUCAAAGAACACGACUCGUUUCCCAACUACUGCUCCUCCACACCGUCAUGACAAGCAUUAAACACUCAUUGGAAUUUUGUUGUGAAAACAAAACAUCAGCUCUCAUGCCAUUAAAACUCACUGCAGCUGCAACUGUAAUGAAAGCCUCUAUCAUCAUUACAAUGCCUCGACCAUCAGCAUUACAUCCCAGAUUGAAGUAGUUGUGGAUUGCUUACCAAAUACUGUGUAGAGAUCAAUGUUUUAGUAUUCUCCCAGGACAAUGCAGGAGGAUGAACAACCUUGUCCCGACUGUAUAUAUGUAUGUAAACAAUGUAAGUGUCUAUAUGUCUGUUUUCACUAUAACCUAUGUCUAUAUACAUAAAUAAAAGGGUUUAUUAACU